GACGGGUAAACAGUUGGAAGUUUAAAUCCGGACAUUUAAGCCGUUUUAACGUGUCCGCAUUAACGAGCAAUAAGGAAUCAAGGCAGAUUUUUAAUUUUGUGUCAUGUCAUAAUCUUCCUUGGUUUCCGCAAUGUGAUAUGUUACUUUAUUAAUCUUUAAAUCGACAAUGUUUUUAAUCUUAAAACUUGUGUAGAUAGAAUUUCCAAACCAAACAAUUCGAGAUUGAGGAGGUGAAAUGGUCAUAAAGUUUCCGAGCAUAUUCAGAGACAGAACUCGGUCCACCCUCGAGACCCGGCGCAGACGACACCGGCAUCGGACCGAGGAGACCCUGACCAUCCCGGGAAUAUUCCGUCCCCCCAGCGUCCAAGUGGAGGUCAGGAAAUUCAACCUGUAUGGCACCCUACGGAAAUCUAAAACGGAGAUUCAUAACACUCUGCCGUCUCCUGAAUUAAUACAGAGAGAAGUUCGAUACAUAGCGUUUGAAGAUGAAAGAAGGAACAAGGCCCAGCAAGUGGGAUAUAAAGAUUUCUAUGGAUUUUUAACGCCGACUUUAAAUCACAGACAGUCUCGUGAUGUCAGUCACUCUCAACCAAUCAAAGCCGCCAGUGUAAAUUGACGUCAUAUACAAUGAGUGUUUGAAACGAAACUCUGGAAUAUUCUAGUCAUAUUUUAUACUGUUCAAAUUUAGGACCUUUUACCUUGGCACCAUUAAACUUAUUUCUUAU